AUGGACAUUACAGAGGUUUCCGUGAGUAAUGACAAUAAAGGUAAGAAAAAUGAGUAUAAGAAGCCAAAGAACAAGAGUGUGACUAAGGAGCGAAAUGCAGUGGAGCCGAAGCUGGAGCCGAAGCUGGAGGCGAGCGAGACUGCCUUCCCCCCCACCUUCAGUGUGUCCGAAAUCAAGAAUAAACAGCGAAGACACCACAUGUUCAUGAAAUUCAAGCUGGAGAAAAGCAAGCUUAAGUUGCAAGUGAAGAAAAAGAAGAAAAAAGAAAGGGAAGCUUUAGGUGACAAGGCACCACCUAAAGAAGUCCCAAAGACGAUAGAAAACCAGAGGGUUUACGACGAGACAACAGUCGACCCAGAAGAUGAAGAGAUUGCAUUUGACGAGGGAACUGAUGAAUUUUCUGCCUAUUUCAACGGGUUGACAAACCCAAAAGUGCUCAUCACAACAUCGGACAGACCAAGAGGGGCCCCGCAGCCGGAGCUCUACCUGCUGCCCGCUGUGGAGAGCGACAGCAGUGUUUGCUCCCAGUCUCUCACCCCAGACACCAGCAGCAGCUCGCCGGACCAGCAGACCUAUUACCAGCCUCCAAAGACCUGCAGCCAGCCAGCAGGAACAAAGGAGCCUGUUAAAUUCCCCCUCAUCCCCCAGUGUUCCCAUCAGCCACCUCCCACCCCCAGCCUGGGAGAGGAGGAGGAAGAAGAGGAGGUAGAUGAGGAGCAAAGCUAUAGUUCUUCAGAGGCAGAAGGAGACAAUGAAGAGGGUCUGUCUUCCAACUUAGAGUGGGCAGAGCAGCAAUGUUGCACAAAGAAGCAUCACAAUCAAAGAGCACCACAGCCUGUUUCACAAAAUAACGCUGUACAGCGUUGUGAGGCAGAUUCAGAUGAGGUGAAGGAAAAUGAAGAAACCUGCAGAAAGAAGAAACAGCACCAGAGACAGAACAGAGGAGCCAGAGACUCAGGAGUCGUCCAGCCUCUGGAGGACAGAGAUUCAGGCUUUUCUCUCUCAGACGGGCUGGGGAAAUCAAAAGACGCACAUGCACUGAAGUCCAUCAGGAAUAAACAAAGCAGUGAUGUGAAAGGAAGUCCUGCUGUGUUGUCCCGGCCUGGGUUCUCUUCUCCUCCUCAAGGACUAGACUUGCCCGUAGUCACUCCAAAAAAACCUAUCCAUCGUGUCUUUCACACAAACAGAGAGGAACUGAUUGAGGAAAUAAAGAUGGUGAGGGAGGAGAGAAAGCAGCUGGAGUGGACAAGGCAGGAGUUGCUAAGAAAGGGGAAGGAUUUAUUGGCUCAAAACAGACACCGCAGGAACCAAGCCCGUGACAGUUGGAAGAAGAAAUAUUUUGAAACUAAAAAGGCCACAGCGCCGUUGGAGGAAAAUCUGAGAAACCUAAGACAGGAAUUGGAGACAUUUUACAACAAACUCUUGCACCAGCUCCAGGCCAGAGAUAACAGAGGGAAGCCGAGACGACAGGGCAGAUCUUCCAUAAAGAACGAGCUCAUCAUUCAGAUCAUGACGGAGAGCCAUGAGAUUGACAACUUAAAGAGGAAGGUAGAGGAUGCCAAGAUGAAGCUGAUAACAGAGAUAAAGUUGAGGAAACAGGCUGCCACAGAGCUGAGGGCCCUGAAGGCUGAGCUGGCCCAGAAGAAGAGUCAGUCCUCUCAUCCCGGCCCCAUGUCCUCUCUGGGAUUUGGAAGUACCACACGGGAAACACCGCAGGCUCAACGAACCUCCAUCUGAUUCAGUACAUACCACGGUUUCUACUGUUUAAGGCAAGCUAGAUUAAAGUCUGUUUGGGAUUUGUUUUAAUGCCAUUCAAUUCAGGACUAAAACUGAUUUG